GUACGCGCAGGGCGCAGGCGCGCGGUCCCGGCGGCCCGUGAGACGCGGGACAAGGUGGACUUCUGAGGUGCGGGACCUGCUAGAGGAUGGAGCCGCUGAAGGUGGAAAAGUUCAGCACCACGGACCGGGGAAACGGGCUGCGCGCCUUAACGGCGCUGCGCCCUGGAGAGCUGCUCUUCCGCUCGGAUCCCUUGGCGUACACGGUGUGCAAAGGGAGUCGUGGCGUUGUCUGCGACCGCUGCCUGCUCGGGAAGGAAAAGCUGCUACGAUGUUCUCAAUGCCGAGUUGCCAAAUACUGUGGUGCCAAGUGUCAGAAAAAAGCUUGGCCUGACCAUAAGCGGGAGUGCAAAUGCCUUAAAAGCUGCAAACCCAGAUAUCCUCCAGACUCUGUCCGACUGCUUGGUAGAGUUGUUUUCAAACUUAUGGAAGAAACACCCUCUGAAUCUGAGAAACUUUACUCAUUCUAUGAUCUGGAGUCCAAUAUUAACAAACUGACUGAAGAUAAGAAAGAGGGCCUCAGGCAACUUGCAAUGACAUUUCAACAUUUCAUGAGAGAAGAAAUACAGGAUGCUUCUCAGCUGCCACCUUCCUUUGACAUUUUUGAAGCAUUUGCAAAAGUGAUCUGUAACUCUUUCACCAUCUGUAAUGCAGAGAUGCAGGAAGUUGGUGUUGGCCUAUAUCCUAGUAUGUCCUUGCUCAACCACAGCUGUGACCCCAACUGUUCGAUUGUGUUCAAUGGACCCCACCUCUUACUGCAUGCAGUGCGGGACAUCGAGGUGGGAGAGGAGGAUGCUGAUAUGCUAACUGGUAAUGAACAAGUAUGGAAGGAAGUUCAAGAAUCCCUGAAAAAAAUUGAAGAACUAAAGGCACAAUGGAAGUGGGAACAGGUUCUGGCAAUGUGCCAGACGAUCAUAAGCAGCAACUCUGAGCGGCUUCCUGACAUCAACAUCUACCAGCUGAAGGUGCUCGACUGCGCCAUGGAUGCUUGCAUCAACCUUGGCUUGCUGGAGGAGGCGCUGUUCUACGGCAUUCGGACCAUGGAGCCAUACAGGAUUUUCUACCCAGGAAACCAUCCUGUCAGAGGCGUGCAGGUAAUGAAAGUUGGCAAACUGCAGUUACAUCAAGGCAUGUUUCCCCAAGCAAUGAAGAAUCUGAGACUGGCUUUUGAUAUUAUGAGAGUGACACAUGGUAGAGAGCACAGCCUGAUGGAAGAUUUGAUUCUUCUCUUAGAAGAAUGUGAUGCCAACAUCAGAGCAUCCUAGGGGAGCCUGGUCAGAGGGCAAGUCGGCUUUCCCUUGUACUGAAUGCCUUCCGGGGCACACACCUCAGACUUUGUUUGCUGUGUGAGCCUCCCCUGUUGGAAAUGUCAUUCUGCAUCUGUGGAGGUAUCUAAAGGCAGACACGUGGUUUGCGAACCACAAGAAUCAUUAGUUGUAGGGAAGCACAAUUAUAAUAAACACAAAAAAAACUGAUUGAAAAUGCUAUCAUCUGGUAAUUGUUUUCUUUGCUUAUUCAUUAGUGGUUUUUAACAUUUAAGAUCUCAAUGUGCAAGACAGAAAACCCUAUUAAAAGCAUGCUAGUAUAAUUUAUAACUUUCUCUUCAGAUACAUGUAGGGAUAACUGGGUAAAAAUCAGUAUUUUCACAUUUGCUUCCAAGCAAAUCUUAAUGUCCAUUUUGGCAAGAAGCAGAAUCUUCAGACUUUGCCUGCUGUUUGUGGGAAAUGGUGUGUGUGUGCAUUUUUCGCCUCCAAAUACAUCUCCAAGACAAGUUUUACCCUAAAUCCUAAAAA